UCGACUGCGAGUCCAAAUUGAAAAAGUCUAUUAUAAAGAAUAGCUUCAUUUUAAAAUGUAUACAAAUUCUUUGUGUUGCAGUGGAUUUGGAAUUGUAAACAUAAUUGACAUUCAACUAUUUGAAUACCGUGUACUUAUAACAAAUAAUAUUGGUGAACAUCAAGUAAUAAUAUCACGUCAAUUGCCAAAAUUGGUGACUUUCGAAAAGUGGUGACAUAAAAAGGCUGAUGAAAUUUAUAAGAAACUCUGUCCUUGAAGUGCGAUAUUUAACAAUUUUUAUGUGGAAAUUGAAUUACUUGAUUUUGCUCAGAAUAAUAAUGUAUUGGUUAAUUUGGAAGAAUUGUUUAAAUGAUUAUUCGUCACAUGCUUGAAUCAAAUAAUAUAUUUUCAGCACACCUAUCUUGGGUAUAUAAAGCUUUUGAGUUUGUGCACCUGAAAAAUAAGUCUUCUGUAAUUUUUAAUACAGUUAUUUGCGUGUUUAAUGACGUGAAAGCAAACUUAUGUGUUAAUAAUGUGUUAGCAUUAAACAUUUCAGGAGUAAACUUUUGUAAAAAUGUUAAUUUAAGCCAUAAUUUAGAUAGAAAAAGUCUUUGCAUUUGGUCAAAUUGUAAUGUAUGCAGUUUAAGUACUGUAUCUAAGUUAAAUUUCAUAAAAAUGUCGCUAAAAUCAUUUUCGUUUACCUGUGACACCGUUGCGAAUUGUGAAGUGCCUGCACAGAGUGCUAUUCGAGUAAAUAUAAAAUCACCGUUCAAAGAGCCUGUGGCACAAAACUUGCUUGCCCAACUAAUAUCCGGCUUUAGCAUGCCGAUUUGUAAGGAUAUGAAUAAAAUUCCUAAUAAUAAGCCAAUGGAAACCGCAACAAGAGAAAAUGAAAGAAUACCUGAAGACGGUAGCGAUAAAGUAAAAGAUAGUGCUUUUAAUACUCAUCCGAUAAACCUAGGAUGCAGUUACUGGAAACAGCGACAGCGAACUCUGUCUGAACAUAGUGAUGAUGUAUACUUUUUAGAAGAUGACGCAAGUGACACCCAAAACCCUGAACAAUAUUCUACCUACUAUGACGAUGAUGAUGAAGAGGACUCCGAAGAUGAUGAAUGUUCUUCAAACAUCAGUUUUGGAUGUAAUGCUGAAAAAUUAAAUGACAGCGUUGAAAGUCUUGGUAGUGACGCACCCAAACCGGCAGAAAGUAGUAAAAGGGUCCGCUUUAAUUUAAAUCCCGAAAUUCAUGUGAUGUAUGCUUGGAGCUACGCUUAUAGGUCUGCAAGGAAGGGGCAUUGGGAGAGUCUUGCCCGUGAUAGAGAUCGUUUUCGUAAACGUAUUGAAAACACAUCUAAAUACAUAAAUCCCAUUUUAACUCCUGAACAUCGUAGUUUUAUCUAUAAUACGAGGUUUGACAAGAACAUGUAGUAAGAAGUUUAAGUAGAAUGUAUACUAUUUGUAACUGUAAUAAAAAAUAAAGAAUAAUAUGUAGAACUAGA